UUGCAUCCUUAUGUGAGCAUCGCUGCUGUCGUUCCUGUACUUGAUGUAUGUAUGGAGGAGGAGCUUGCAUGCUCAUGUGAGCAUCGCUGCUGUCGUUGGUUCUUCACUCUCUCCUGCUAUAUAUCUCCCUCUCCACACGUGCAGACUACCAGCAGUUGUCAACCUCUCCUCGUCGCAGACGCUGCUUUCCUCGGGAUAUACUUCCACGAACAGCAUUCUCACAGAGACCAUCUCCGGGUUGGACAUACAGGUGCAUUGGACUAGUGGUACUUUCACAAGGGUUAUCUUGACCAUCCACAUCCAUCAUCCCUUUAUUUAGUAUUGUUUAGAAGUGCUUCGCCCACCCUCUUCACUGAUUUGGUCCACUACAGGCUGUCUUCUGUAUCUCCUCAUCACCUCCCAGAACUCCUUUGGUUUGUUGACUGCAUUUUCUAGAGACUUGAUUUUUAAAGGUGGAUACAAUGCUGCGAUUCUUUAUAUUUCUACUCUCACUUGCUCCUUUUGUGUCGAUGGAAGGGACAGAAAGUUGCAAAGACGCUGAGUGUCAGCCAAAGACUUGGCACAAAGUAGGAUGCUCGACUGACGACGACUGCGAUCAGCCCUACACCACGUGCUACAAACGUGCGUGUAGGUGUCACCCCGGGUACUACUAUACCACACAGGACACGUGUACUGACACUUGUAACCCAGCCGACAUGCAGGACAGCUUCACAGAGUAUCCUGACAGCGCUCUACGUGCAAACCUCAUUGGUAGCCCGGAUAAACUCACUGUGGAAGCCUGCAAGAGAAGGUGCCAGACAAACAAGCGUUGCCUCACCUUUGAUUUCAAAGCCAGUGGAGGUCUGUGCCGGCUUCAUAAUGUCACCGCUCGUCAUUCCCCCUCACAGUGGUCUCCUAAGACGAGCAAAGGCUGGACCCACUACCAGAGAUCAUGCAACUCCAUUUUUGCCUCACGCGAUAACUGGCACAACUUAUUGUGUAACAGCAAGAUUGAUUGUACUGACAUAAACAGCGACUGUUUGUCAGGACGAUGUUUAUGUCGUCCACGCUUCAUGUUCAAUCAAGCAAAGAAGGAGUGUGUUUUUGCAAGCGACUGGCGCAAUAAAAACUGCUCGACUGACGACCACUGCGAUGUGCACCACUCCACGUGCUUCAAGCGCAAGUGUCGGUGUGAAGACGGCUACUUCUACACCACACACGACACGUGUACUAGCACUUGUAGCCCAGGCGACUUGCAGGACAGCUUCACAGAGUAUCCUGACAGCGCUCUACGUGCAAACCUCAUUGGUAGCUGGGAUGGACUCACUCUGGAAGCCUGCAAGGACAGGUGCCAGACUGACAAGCGUUGCCUCACCUUUGAUUUCAAAGCCGAUGGAAGUCUGUGUCGGCAUCAUCGUGCUACCGCUCAUGAGGCUCCCUCCGACUGGGCUCCUAAGACGAGUAAAGGCUGGACCCACUACCAGAAAUCCUGCAAGUCCACUUUUGCCUCACACGAUAACUGGUACAACUUAUUGUGUAACAGCAGGGUUGAUUGUCAUCACCCACACAGCGAUUGUUUGUCAGGACGAUGUCUAUGCCACUCAGGAUUCCACUUCAAUGAAGCAAAGAAGGAGUGUGUUGCUACAAGGUCAUGUGCAGACUUGCUGGCAACAGGCGCCAAGACUGGUGUGUACAUCGUUCAGCUACCAGAGAACAACAGACCUGUGUCAGUGUGGUGUGAUAUGGACACUGCGGGCGGCGGCUGGACGGUCAUCCAGAGACGUCACCACAUCCCAGAUGAGUAUGUUGACUUCCACCGGAACUGGACAGAAUAUGUAAACGGAUUUGGUAACAUCUCUGGAGAUUUCUGGCUGGGCCUACACGCGACUCGCGCCCUGACAAAAUUUGGAGAUUGGCGCUUGAGAGUGGACCUGCUGACUAACUCAUGGAGACAUAUUUGGGCGGAGUACAGCAGUUUCACUGUUCUAAAUCGUGACGAGAUCUACUCACUUGCCGUGUGGGGCUACUCGGGUGACGCAGGAGAUGGGAUGACAACUAUUUUCGCAGACGUGUUUCACACGUAUGACCGAAAUCAUUACGGCUGUGUCUCAGUUACAAAGGGCGCCUGGUGGUACUCGCGUGGCUGUAACGCCAGGGCUAACCUCAACAGCCCUACAAAAAGAUCCAUGACUUGGCCAGAUCUUCUUGAAAACGAAUACCUGAAGUUCUCGGAGAUGAAGAUGAAGAUAGAGUAACACCACCUUGUCUCCUGUACCCACUGUUUACACCGCUAGUCGACUGUUGACUGUUCACUACAGGUUCCACUGAUGAUGUGAGCUCAGUGUACAUUAAUCUUUCUCAAUAGUCUAGCAUCUGACCCUAGUGCAGACUACUUACUGUACUUUGAUGGUUUACUUUAAUUAUAUUGCCUAGUGAUUCUAUUAUACGCGUGUUUUAUUACUUCUUUCAGAUUUGCAUUUGCUUGGAUAAACUAACAUGUUUACAAACGUAAAAUCUAAGUUUAAUUAAUUAAGUCAUCAUUUAAUUGUGCAAUGAACUGUCGCUAUACACCUGAUAGUUUAUAGUAAACGUGUCAUGAACUAUAUAAUAGCUAGACACCUAAACACGGAUACUGAUUGUAUCCAACACUGCUGUUCAUUAUGUGCUUACUGACGAUGACUGACCAUGACUCAGAUUGCUACAUUCUCUAAUUAUUUGGUAUUUAAAAGUCUUCAAGUUUAUUUUGUGUUAUGUAGUGACACUUUACCGUAUCCUGGAGUUUGCUUUAUUUAAGCAAAAAUUGACAUUUUCACAAACGUGUGAGUGAAGCAUACUUUUCGUGUAAACAAAUAGAACUAUUGCGAGGAAUGAACAGAUAUUUUCAUAAAAAAGCAAUUAAAAUUAUAAAUAGUAUUGUUGGUAUUUGCCGCUUUGACUAAAUGUGAUGACAUCACUAUGUACUCAACAUUACUUUCCCUUUAAACUAAUGAUAAGGGUAGCUUAUACAUCACAUCUCUUACUUAAUUGUACAAACAAAUAAAUUAUUUUAAUAUUUGUUCCACACUGAAGAGCUCUAACAGCAAGGCGCUAGCAAAAUGGCGACACACACCUGGUGACAUACCUGUGUUAAUAAUGCAGCUGUACAGUUUGCUAAGAAUAUUUAAAAGUGAAAUCCCUCUAAAGUUAUUUACUUUACCUUUAUCACCUUUCUUGUGUAAGGGAAAGAUUACUGCUUUGGACCAAAUUUCAGGAUGUGUACCACUUGUGAACACUUUAUUGAAGAGGGGAUGUAGAAAUUUUAGGAGGAUGUUAUCUGCAAUCUUAAAUAGGUCAGAAGGUAAUCCAUCAGGUCCAGGUGCUUUUUCUUUUUUUUUUUUUUUGGGCAACGGAUAGCUUCAAGUAUUUCCGAGUGAGAAAUUUCUUCUUCUAUGUUUGAGUUUGCGCUAAAAUGUAAACAUUUCUCACAGUUCCCUUUAUUAUGAACAUGUACUGAACUUUCAGUAUCCCAUGAUGUUUUUGUUAUAUUUAUAUUUGUGUUGUAUUCUAAAAUGUCACCUGAUGCAUUGCUUAAUAAGUAUUUGUCCUAAACUGAA